CAAAGCUGUAAAAAUAGGUUCCAUUGUGAUCCAGAGGGGGCGCAUGUCUCCCUUACUCAACUGAAGAUAAAAUACACCCCCUCCCAUAUUUACACCGACCAGCCACAAAAUUAAAACCACCUGCCUAAUAUUGUGUAGAUCCCCCUUGUGCAGCCAAAACAGCGCCAACUAGCAUCUCAGAAUAGCAUUCUGAGAUUAUAUUCUUCUCACCACAAUUGUACAGAGUGGUUAUCUGAGAUACCGUAAACUUUGUCAGUUCGAACCAGCCUGGCCAUUCUCUGUUUAUCUCUCUCAUCAACAAGACAUUUCUGUUUGCAGAACAGAUGCUCACUGGAUGUUUUUUGUUUGUUUUUGGCACCAUUCUGAGUAAACUCUAGAGACUGUUGUCCGUGAAAAUCCCAGGACAUCAGCAGUUACAGAAAUACUCAAACCAGCCUAUCUGGCACCAACAAUCAUCCAUGCGAUUAUCUAAUCAGCCAAUCAUGUGGCACCAGUGCAUAAAAUCAUGCAGAUGCUGGUCAGGUGCUUCAGUUAAUGUUCAUAUCAACCAUCAGAAUGGGGAUUUUCUUUUUUAUAUUUGGACCAUUGCCAGAUGGGCUGGUUUGAGUAUUUCUUUAACUGCUGAAUUAAAAUUCUUUAAUUUUCACACAUAACAGUCUCUAGAAUUUACUCUGAAUGGUUCCAAAAACAAAAAACAUCCAGUUUUGUGGAUGGAAAUGCCUUGUUUAUGAGAGAGGUCAACAUAAAAUGUUCAAACUGGUUCAAAAUGAGACUGACAAAGUCUGUGGUAACUCAAGACAAAUGCUAAGUACAAUUGUAGUGAGAAGAAUAUAAUCUCAGAAUGCUAUUCUGAGAUGCUGGUUGGUGCUGUUUUGUAAGUCUGAUCACAAAACAUUAUUCGGCAAAAUAAGCAAUUCAAUGCAUAUUUUUCUCGUUGAAUAUGAGAUAAAUGCCUACUUUUGUGUAAUGAAGACUGACAUAGGUCCCUAAGAGAAUAUAUAUUUGUCGUAGGUCAGUUGAAACAGUAAAUCUACCUUGGUUAAGCACAGGCUAUAUUAAAUAAGGUUCAGCUUCAUUACAUGACUAAAGUGCAAGUUUUAGUAAACAGUCCAAUUUGACAAAGCUGAUGCAUUACAACCGGCAGAAUAUCUUCUUGCAACACACUCGCCCUCAUAAAAUCAGCGUAAUCCACUCAAUUUAAAUUGAAUUAUCAAAAUAUUGAACCAGAAGAAAAGAUACAUAUCCAAUAGUUUGGAACUCACCUAACAUGACACAUUUCUUCAAGAUAUUUCCCCACUCAUACAGCCCUCUAGUUUGCGGGGUCCUCAGGACAGUGUCUGUGAAACAACGUCCAUCCAAUUCCUUGCUCUCUGCAUGCCAGCUAAUCCAUCCACUCAAUAGGAAUUGCCCAAUGGGCAAUGCGGGCCUACGUCAUGUUGAUCGACAAGGGGUCGGCAUUUACAUAAGCCUGGUCUUUAACGACAAGCUGUCAGUGCAAGGCCACUUAAGAUCAAGAUGAGACAGAACAACUGAUCACUGGCUGCCCCGGCCCACGUGACUGUCACUGCUCAUUCUUAUCACUGGUGCACAGACACCCCCCACCAAAUACACGACUGAUUGAAGGAAGCUGAAAAUUGGCUCCGUUCGACCCCGGGUAACUGGUGAGACAUUAACCAGUCCCCGGCCCAAAGAUCGGUCAGUGUGGCAGCCACGAGCAGAAACACCCACGACGAUGCCACAAUGAGCACAUUCUUAGAUUUUUCAGCAGUAGGUAGUGGAGAUGGAGGUGGCGGGGGAUCCUGCUCUGUUAGAGCGUUCCAUGGUGACCACGGACUUUCAACAUUCCAAUCGUGUGCUGUUAGGGUAAAUAAUGGCAUUGGGGAUGAGCGGUUCAUGUCCAGUAGAUCAUCACAAGACGCAGUCCCCCCUCAUCCAAAUCAAGCCGUGUCGUAUCAGUCCCCUGGGACUCUUUCAAUUACCUACAGUGCCCAUCCAAGUUACGGGACUCAAAGUUUUUGCGCUGGAUACAGUCACUAUGCCCUAAAUCAAGAUGUAGAUUCGUCUGUCAGCUUUCCCCAGUGCGGGCCAUUAGUUUAUUCUGGAAAUAUUUCCUCUACCUUUGUGCAGCAUCGUCAUCAUCGCCAUGGUUACAGCAGUGGAAACGGGCAUCAAUUCCAGUAUUCCUCGGACACAUAUGGUAAUAGUUCGGAUCAGGCAAACCUUACCUUUGUGGGAGACUGCUCAAAUCCUCUCUCCCCUCUGCAUGUGGCCCAUCAUGAUGCAUGCUGCUCACCUCUGUCAGAUGGCGUGUCUACAGGUCAGACAUUUGACUGGAUGAAGGUCAAAAGGAAUCCACCAAAAACAGGGAAAGCUGGAGAGUAUGGAUUUGGUGGGCAGCCAAACACUGUGCGCACUAAUUUUACCACAAAACAACUGACAGAGCUUGAAAAAGAGUUUCAUUUCAAUAAAUACUUGACUCGUGCGAGGCGUGUGGAAAUUGCAGCUGCGCUCCAGUUGAACGAGACUCAGGUGAAGAUUUGGUUCCAAAAUCGUCGUAUGAAGCAGAAGAAGCGCGAAAAGGAAGGUCUAUUGCCCAAAUCGCCGUCCGAACAGAAUGAUGGUCAUGAAAAACCAGAGGACACCUCAGAAAAGUCACUUUCGCCACCACCUACGCCUUCCCCUGCUUCAUCGACUGUUGAUCCAUACUCCUCGAAUUAAAAGGCUUUGGCAUUUGUUCUGCCAAACUAAAAAAGAUGUUGCACAACAGUCAGUUACUCUAAUGUCAAAAUUGUAAAAACAAUCAUGUCCAAACACGGACAUGAGUAAAAGUGUAUAGAAAACAACGCACUAUUUAGAGAUUAGAUUAUAUCGACCUGAAACAUUUGAACUACUUAGUGUAUUUUACCUGUGAUACUGUUGUUAGUGUGAAAUGACUGUUAAUUGUUUUGGACACCUUGUCAAGCAAGAUAGAACAAGUUCUCACAAGUGGCUUGUGCAUUUUCUUGCAGUCAGAGCAAAUGCUGCACUUUUACACACAUCGUUGCUAGGUCGGACUUGUAGAUUACUUGUCAAAAUGCCUACCUCAUGAACCAACAGAUGAUAGUGCAAUAAAUGUGGGGGGGUUAUUUUGAGAGAGAGAGAUGAAAUAUCCUGAUAACUCUCAGCAAAGACUUGUUUGAAGAUAAUGACACCUUUUUCUGGGCCAGGUUUUAUGUGCAUGGUGUUAAGCCAAAUUAUUGUUCUGUAUCGUAUGAGUUCUGCAACACAAUGCUCUACAAGUUGUCAACCGGUCAAUUUUAUAAGUCGGUGAUGAUGACUCUAGCCUUUUACGCUAAUCAUGCUUUAGGAAAAGAUCAAGUUACGGGUGAAUUAAAUGUGUGAAUUAAAAUAGUUCUU